GUGUGGUUUCCAUCGUAAAACCCUUGCUGUUGUACCUCGAAAUACGGUUAGCCGUGCAGUUGAUGCGAUUCCUUUAGGCUUUACUCAGCAAAUGCGAUCACGUUUGCAUUUUGAAAGGCGUUUUUCCGUGAAUUUUCAGUGUUUGUAAGCAAGUUGAAGUGUCCGCGCGUUUAAACUAGUAAAAUCAUUUCAAUAUGGUCAAACUCGAUUCUGGCCCUCUCGACCUCAACUCAUUACCAAAUUCAGGGGACCGUUUUACUCUUGGAAAAUUAUUAGGAUCAGGAAUUUGCAGUAACGUUUACGAAGCCAUUGACUCUCAAACAGGACAAAAUGUGGCCGUAAAAAUUCAAAAUAUGAAAGAUAUCUCAGAUUUAGAAAAGGACAUCAAUGAAGAGUACCGGAUUUUAAGAGAUUUAUCAUCUCAUCCUAAUAUGCCAGACUUCUAUGGUGCUUAUGGAAAUAAAAGAGGAAAUGAAUUGUGGUUCGUUAUGGAAUUGUGUGAAGGUGGAACAAUCGUUGACAUCAUUAAUGGUCUUUUGCUUCAAAAUAAAAAAUUGAAAGAAAAUCAAAUUGGAUACAUACUAAGAGAACUCAUUAAAGUGAUUUGUUACUUGCACGAAAACAAUGUAGUGCAUAGAGACAUUCGUGGAUCGAACAUACUCUUAACAAAAGAUGGCCAUGUUAAACUUGUAGACUUUGGACAAUCAAGGGAGUUGCAGAGUUCAGGAUUCAAAACUAAUACAUGCAUUGGCUCUCCAGCUUGGAUGGCACCAGAAAUAGUUUUAGCCGAGUACAAAGACAAAUCUGAAGAUUCACCUUGUUACGACAAAAAAAUCGAUGUUUGGGCAACAGGAAUAACUGCUAUUGAGUUAGGUGAUGGAAAACCUCCUUUUUUGGAUAUUCACCCCACAAGAGCCUUAUUUCAAAUCGCAAGAAAUCCACCUCCUGGAUUAUUUAGGCCAUCCAACUGGUCACAACUUUAUAACGACUUUAUUGCUGAAUGUUUAGAAAAAAACCCUGAUCAUCGCCCCUUUGCCGAAGAACUAUUGGAACAUCCUUUCAUAUCAGAAGUGUCAGACAACACACGCCUCGAAAUAAAAUCAAUUAUGGAAUCUAUUGUAGACGACGUAUCGUCCAUAAGAAAACCGGAAGUGAGAAUUAUCAAGAACGGAUACCUGAAAACCGGUCGAACGGAACCGGCGAGGCCUAUGCAUUUCGAGGAUUUAGCUGCUUUAAAAGAAGUGUCCGAAGAGUCUGUACUUCGAGAACUUCAAAAUCGUCACUCGAACGGUCAAAAUUAUACGUUUGUCGGUGACGUGUUGUUAUACCUUAACCCCAAUGUGGACAAUGUUACUUGCGAAAAAAAGAACCACUACCGUUAUCAGAAUAAAUGUCGUAGUGAUAACGAACCGCACAUAUUCAGCGUGGCUGAUGCGGCUUAUCAAGACAUGUUACACCACGAACAACCCCAGUGCAUAAUAAUGGCUGGCGAAACAAAGUCUGGAAAAACAUUUAACUAUAGCAAACUCAUCGAACACUUGAUAUUCCUCGGAGAACAAAGUCACGGCAAAGUCAACCAAAUUGGUCUGAAAAUCAAAAGUGCCAUUGAUGUGAUCCAAUCUUUUGGAAAUGCUGCAAACAAGUAUCACAUGAACUCCACAAGAUAUGUGAACCACACUCAAGUCACGUAUUCAUCAACCGGAAAACUAAGCGGCGCAAUAUUUUUCGUCUAUCAGCUGGAAAAAUGGCGAGUAACAAACGUCAGAAAUGAAGAUCAACAAAACUUUCAUAUAUUUUAUGACUUCUUAGCCGCUGCUAAAUUAGACGAGAUGCUCGAAAAAUACCAUCUGGACAAAAGUUGUAAAUAUCGUUAUUUGUCAAGUAACAAAGAGUCGAUCGUUUACGGGCAAGGUGCAAAAGUGAGCAAUUUCAACAAGUUACUUGUCUGCCUGAAGGAUGCGCUCGAGUUCACUGACGAUCAAGUCAAUACCUUGUGGAGAGUUUUGGCCGCCAUACUGAACUUGGGCGAAUUAAAAAUAAUCAAAGAUGAGGACGACGGUGAAGUCAAAAUUGAAAACAGCGAUCUAAUCCCGAAUGUUGCCGAUCUACUCGGAGUAGAUGCCAAAAAACUUGCAUGGUGUCUUUUUAACUACUGUGUGGUAGUGAAUGGAGCGGCUGUUCGUCGCAAGCACACAGUAACAUCAGCUUCUGAGUGCAUCAAAGUGUUUGCUCAGACUCUGUACGCUCGGCUGUUUGAUUGGAUUGUUAAUGUGAUCAACAUGAAGUUAGCAUUUAGCAGGGCGAUUUUUGGAGACAGGCACGUCGUUUGUCUGAUGGACAUGUUCGGAUUUGAGUGUUUCCGUCAAAACAAUUUGGAGCAACUGUUUGUUAAUUGCCUAAACGAACAAAUGCAAUAUCAUUUUAUUCAAAAAACGUUUACAUGGGAACUGCAAGACAUGGACGACGAACGCAUAGAAUCGUAUGGUUUUCAAUAUCUGAAUAAUAAACCAAUUAUCGAUGCGCUUAUGAAUAAUCCAGAAGGAAUAUUUUAUGUGUUCGAUGAAGCCGCCAAAAAUUGUCAGGAUUACACUUAUAUAACAAACGAGUUGGAGAAAAAUCCUAAAGAACCCUAUGUUCAAAUAGUGGAUUCGAAAAGCUUUAGCGUAGCUCAUUACAGUGGUUUGAUUACUUAUCAACUAAAAGACUUAAUCGAGAAAAACCGCGAUUUCUUGACUCCUGAGGUGAUUGAGACGAUACGCGGGUCUAAGGAUAGUACGUUAAAAGAACUGUUCACGAACCGCCUGACAAAAUGUGGCAACUUGACAGCAAGCAGAGAACGGUCUCGGCAGAUUGUAAAACCGCCAUUGAAUAAAAUUAGCCGCUGGGGUGUAGCGCUUGUAGCUGAAAAAUAUCCUAUACGGAAAUACAACACUGAAUCUCGAGGUGAAUACUCUCAAACGCAUAAAAUCCGUACGGCAUCAGCAGUUUACCGAGCAAGUAGCGUGGAAAUCUUAAGAUCUCUCGUGGACACGACCGACCAAAAGAAUGGCAUACAUUUCGUAAGGUGUAUACGAACUACGUUGACCGACGAACCAUUGAGUUUCCAGCCAGAAGUGGUUAGACAGCAACUAAAAGCAUUGUCCGUAGUCGAGACUGUAUUGGCCCGACAAAAUGGUUAUUCUUGCAGAGUAUCGUUCAACGAAUUCAUCCAGAGAUACAAAUUUUUGGCUUUUGAUUUCUACGAGAACGUCGAAGAGACUAGAGAAAAUUGUCGUUUGUUGUUAAUCCGUUUGAAAAUGGAAGGUUGGAAAAUUGGAAAAACUAAAGUAUUCUUAAAGUACUAUCAUGAAGAAUAUCUUUCCAGAUUGUAUGAGAUUCAAGUGAAAAAAGUAAUCAAAGUUCAAUCUAUGCUUCGAUCUUUUAUCACUAAACGGAAAAUUGCACCGCAAUUGGCUAAACAGCAAUCCGGUGCGAUUGAAUCAAAAACAAAAUCAAAAGCUGUAGAACACACUUUAUCAGAAGAGAAUGCCGCCAUUGUUAUACAAAAACAUUAUCAAGGAUACAUGGUCAGAAAAAAUUUAGCAGAAAAUAAUCAACUUAAUUCGGAAACUAGAAAAAAAUUGAGAGCAUUUUGUAAGAAAUGGAAAGGCAAAUCUAUUUACCAAGUUUUGCUAUUAGAUCGUGCAAAUAAACUUCAAGAAGUCGUAUAUUUUUCUUUUCAUGUCCAUUUGUAUAAUCAACACGUGUUAGCUACUCUUAAUAAUACUAACCAAGGACCAGUUAAACUAGGAAAAAUCAUUACUACAACAAACGUAAUCGAUUUCUUAGGCGUUAAAAAGUGUUACCCGUUUAAAGUUCCGUUCAAAUUGGAUCACAUUACAGUUAAUAAGCGUCAUAAGUUCGAUUUCGAAAUAGAUAAUAGUAUCGAUGAAAGCAAUUGGGAUAGUCCUUUAAAUCGGUUUCCGGAAACUCGAACCGCUUUUAGAAUUUUAAAAUUCUCAUUCGCUGUUAGAGAUCAAAGCACACAAGUAGACAUAGGAGGAAAAAUGGAUGGCACUGACUAUGUUGAGAUUAACAACCAUUUAAAAUUUGGCAUUGGUCGUAUAGAGGAUAACAAAAAAAGAGAUGAAAUGAAAUCCAAAAGAAAUGCUUUAGUAUUAGAUUAUGAUAACCGUAAGACAUUAGUGGAUCGCAAAGAUGGCAAUGCAGAUUUAAAAUUUAAUCAAAAAUCUAUCAAAAAAUCGGAAAGAAUUAAUCCUGUAUUAGAAAUGCAGUUUAAAGGUAAACAGUUUCAAUCAGUAAAUGAGGAUCAAAAUGACGCACCUUACAAUUUUCAGGCUAUGUUGAAAAAGACCAAUCAUCAUAGGUCUUCUUUAGAUGGUCAUGGAAACUUAGAGUAUGCAUCGUCUGCAGUUGGUAUAAUAUCUAGAAAUACUAAUAGUCCAUCAACAAAUAACUAUCAACAAUCUAAACAAAUGAAAAAUGAACAAAAUCAAAGGUUAACGGAUAUAUCAUCAAUCAAAGCAGAAUUAGUACCCGGAGUCAUUAUAGAAGGAUCCUCUUAUGAUCUUUAAAAUAUCACAAUUUCUACUAUUUUUAUUAAUUUAUAUAGCCACAUUGUUUGUAUAUUGAGAUAUAUCACUAUUAUGAUAUUAAAAAAUUAGAAAUACUUAAAUGAUUUCUACACUCAGAUACUUUUUGUUGUUAGUUUUUUGGUAAAAAAUGUAAAAACUCCUUACUUAUAGUUC